AUGCGACUUGUUUUCCUUUUCAGGUACCUUGAAGAUAUAACAGGUCCAGCCGUCUGACAUCUUUAUGUAGGUAGGGAUACAGCCCCAUGAUCUGAAGUACAGGGCGCAAGGCCCUUGUAUCGAAUUACGCCAUUCAGAUGCUUGGGGAGUGGGUAGACUUUGCGGUGCUGCUAUUCCUGAAGGGUUUUUCAUGUCAAUCUCUGGGUUCAAGGAAGCUCCUCCUGGUGAGACGAAAGGGCUCAAGCCGACAAGCCGAGGGAACCAUGCCAUGAAGAAAGCAACACCGAGCACAACUCGGUUUUCAAUCAUCCACAUCCAAGUUACAGUACAAGUGCUUCAAAAUCCCAAUACCAAACAUCUUGGCCAGUAUGAAGAAAAGGCCAUACUGCAACGUUCACAGAGGUCUUGGGCUCUCUGGAUGCCCCCUUCGCACGUGCAUCAUGUUUCUCAUUUGAAGAGAGCACCCGGCCCCAGCUUGGAGCAACCUUCCAGAAACAGUUUCCCCAGGAAAACCCGCAGGUUUGGCAAUGUUCCUCCAAUCACCCGUACAGAAGAGGAAACAAAAAUCGCUAGCGGGACGUUGGUCAUGAUACACCAGGGUUUGAGAUUACAGAUCCCGGACCGAACCUCAUCUAUGUUCUGUCCAGACAAAAAGAUCACGGACGUCCCUCAAGCUUUAGGCGAACACCAGCCCAAAAACGCCAAAAACGCCGGACCCGCGUAA